GGGUGGGGCUGGGCACGGCCUCCCCGAACGCGUCGCCUGCAGAGCGGAGCUCCUCGCCACCGGCCCCGCCGCGGCCAGGGCUUUCGGUGGAAGGCCCGUGGCCUGGACCUCCGCCCGCCUCCGGCAGUGUCUCUGCAGGGCCGCCCCCAUGUUGCGAUUCCCGACCUGCUUCCCGUCCUUCCGGGUGGUGGGCGAGAAGCAGCUCCCGCAGGAGAUCAUCUUCUUGGUCUGGUCGCCCAAGCGGGACCUCAUAGCGCUGGCCAACACCGCGGGCGAGGUUUUGCUUCAUAGACUUGCAAGUUUUCAUCGAGUUUGGAGUUUUCCACCAAAUGAAAAUACAGGAAAGGAAGUGACCUCUCUGGCUUGGAGACCAGAUGGCAAACUUUUGGCCUUUGCUCUUGCUGACACCAAGAAAAUUAUUUUGUGUGAUGUGGAAAAACCUGAAAGCUUGCACUCUUUUUCUGUGGAGGCUCCAGUUUCCUGUAUGCAUUGGAUGGAAGUGACUGUGGAAAGCAGUGUUCUAACAUCCUUCUAUAAUGCUGAAGAUGAGUCAAACCUUCUCUUACCUAAGCUGCCCACAUUACCAAAAAAUUAUAGCAGCACCUCAAAAAUAUUUAGUGAGGAGAAUUCUGAUGAAAUUAUUAAACUCUUGGGAGAUGUCAGGUUAAAUAUUCUUGUCCUUGGAGGAAGCUCUGGAUAUAUUGAGCUUUAUGCUUAUGGGAUGUUCAAAAUUGCUCGAGUCACAGGGAUUGCUGGCACUUGUCUUGCAUUGUGUCUAUCAAGUGAUUUGAAGUCAUUAUCAGUGGUCGCAGAGGUUUCCACUGGUGGUGCUUCAGAGGUUUCAUACUUUCAGCUUGAAACCAAUCUGCUCUACUCCUUCUUACCUGAAGUAACUCGGAUGGCCAGGAAGUUUACUCACAUUUCAGCUCUGUUGCAGUAUAUAAAUUUGUCACUGACAUGUAUGUGUGAAGCAUGGGAAGAAAUACUGAUGCAGAUGGAUUCUCGUCUCACUAAGUUUGUGCAGGAAAAGAACACAACUACAUCAGUACAGGAUGAAUUUAUGCACUUGCUGUUGUGGGGGAAGGCAAGUGCUGAACUUCAGACCCUUUUGAUGAACCAGCAAACUGUAAAGGGCUUAAAAAAGCUUGGCCAGUCGAUAGAGUCAUCAUAUUCCAGUAUUCAGAAGUUGGUUAUAAGUCAUUUGCAGAGUGGCUCAGAGUCUUUAUUGUAUCAUUUGAGUGAACUGAAAGGAAUGGCUUCAUGGAAGCAAAAAUACAAACCCCUUGGACUGGAUGCUACGGGAAUUGAAGAUGCUAUUACUGCUGUGGGUUCUUUUAUACUCAAGGCAAAUGAACUUCUUCAAGUUAUAGACAGUAGUAUGAAGAAUUUCAAGGCAUUUUUCCGGUGGCUUUAUGUGGCCAUGUUGAGAAUGACCGAAGACCAUGUGCUUCCUGAGCUGAAUAAGGUAUGCACAGAAAUGACUCAGAAAGAUAUCACAUUUGUUGCUGAAUUUCUUACUGAACAUUUCAAUGAGGCUCCAGACCUUUAUAAUCGAAAAGGAAAAUACUUUAAUGUUGAAAAAGUUGGUCAGUAUUUGAAAGAUGAAGAUGAUGACCUUGUGUCACCCCCUAACACGGAAGGAAACCAGUGGUAUGACUUCCUCCAAAACAGCAGCCAUCUUAAAGAAAGCCCUUUGCUGUUUCCUUAUUAUCCUCGAAAAUCAUUGCAUUUUGUGAAAAGGCGGAUGGAGACCAUUAUUGAUCAGUGUUUGCAAAUGCCAGCAGAUGUAAUUGGAAAAUCAAUGAAUCAAGCCAUCUGUAUUCCGUUAUAUAGAGAUGCUAGAAGUGAGGACUCUGCACGCAGAUUGCUCAAAUUUCCUUUUCUGUGGAAUAAUAAAAGUUCAAAUCUACAGUAUCUCCUUUUUACUAUUUUAGAAGACUCGCUGUAUAAAAUGUGUAUCUUAAGAAGGCAUACUGAUAUUUCCCAAUCUGUGAGUAAUGGACUAAUUGCUGUGAAAUUUGGGAGCUUCACCUAUGCUACAACUGAAAAAGUCAGAAGAAGCAACUACAGCUGUUUAGAUGCCCAGUUUUAUGAUGAUGAAACUGUAACAGUCAUUCUUAAAGACACCAUGGGACGUGAAGGAAGAGACAGACUCUUGGUCCAGUUGCCAUUGUCGUUUGUGUACAACAGUGAAGAUGCUGCAGAGUAUCAAUUCACUGGAACUUAUGCCACAAGGCUAGAUGAACAAAGCAGUGUUAUUCCCACACGCACCCUGCACUUUGAGAAGCACUGGCGGUUACUGGAGAGCAUGAAAGCUCAGUACGUUGCUGGGAAUGGUUUUCGCAAAGUGUCCUGUGUGUUAAGUUCAAAUCUCCGUCAUGUGAGAGUAUUUGAAAUGGACAUCGAUGACGAAUGGGAGCUGGAUGAGUCUUCAGAUGAAGAGGAGGAAGCCAGUGGUAAGCCUGUGAAGAUCAAGGAGGAAGUGCUGUCUGAGUCAGAGACAGAGGCCCACCAUGCCUCUGCUGAUGCUCCAGCCCCAGAGAUAGUCGUCAAAGUGGAGAAGCUUGACCCUGAACUGGACUCAUAAUCCAACUUGCCAUUGUUAUUACAUGUUACUGUGGCAGAAAGGACUUAGAAGAUGGACUGAGAUGUCUUGGGCUGUGCUUAAUUUUCUUUGUAUAACAAAGAAAUAAACAAUAACUUUUUUCAUA